AUACUUUUAAAGUUUUAUUCUAUUGUUUAUACUAUAAAAGAUAUGUUUUAAGAAAUAUAUUUCAUAUUGUAAUAUAGCAGUACCUGAUUAAUAAUAUGACAUACUACAAUUAAUUUAUUUCAUCUAUUAAAACCUAUAUUUUUAAUUUUUAUAUAAAAUAUUUUAAGAAAUCAUAGUAGGAAGUUCUUUAUACACAUGAGAUUUUGGAGGCCGUAAAUUAUCUGAUUCUUAUCAAAAUAUAUGUUAUUUUAUAAGGAUAAAUUGAAAUAAUUUAAAAAAAUUGUUAUUAUAUCAAUCCAUUUAUUUAUAAGAAUACUACAAGAAUAUUUAAAUAAAUAUAACAUCUGACAUACAGAUAUAUAUAUCUUUAUGCAAUACAUUUCUUUUUACUAGUCUAAGUUGCUAACAUUAAAUUAAAAUUUUUUUGUAUCUUUCAGUACUUUCGCUUUGAUACGUUGACAGCUAUAGUGUGUCAUCAAUAACUCACAUUGCUAAAUUUUUGGUAUGAUUAAAGUAAGAUAAAUUUCAUGGAUUAAGAAAUAUUUAACAAUAUGAAUGACUGUCAUGACUGUCAAUAUGAAUGAGAUGUCAGACAAAAGUGCGUAAAUAUACUAAAAAUAUUUUGCAAAAAUUAUAUAUAUAAAAUUAAAUACAUAUGUAUUUAAAUCUAUUACGGCUCCCAAGACAAAAUAUACAUAUAAAAUUCGCAUGGUAGUCAAUAUGUUAAAGUGAAAGAAUAGAAUACCUGUGUAGACAAGCAGAAAGAAAAUUUGUAUAAACACAAAAUAUAAUACAAUUCAAUAUACAUACUUGUACAGAGGUUACAAAAAGUAUUGAUAUACCCCAGUAUUUAGUAUCUCAUUAUAGUACCUACACACUAAUUAAUUUAAUCCAAGUAUAUAAAAUUUCGUACCAUUUAAUAGUACAUAUUUUCAUAUGGUUACAAAAAUUUAAUACUAUAAAAAUAAGAUGUAGAACUCGAUUAAAAAACGCUGCAUUGGAAAAUAAGAACAUGUGUUAAUAUUUCUUGUAAUCACUGUAUAUUUUCAGAUGCGAGAGUAAUAUUUCGAAUUUAAGCGCUAGUAUAGUUAGUAUGUAAGUACAUGCUGUUCCGAAACUGGGAUGACGAUCGUGUCCUUUAUUAUCACAAGCCGUGGUGGAACACACAGCUGUAAUUCACAACAAUGGUGGUGCCGGUCGUGUUUUAGGUUAAAGUUGCGUGGUUUUCAGUAACUUUAGUCCAAUUAGCAUUGUGAAAAAUGGACAAUAGGAUCACAAUAUGUGACCCAGAUGAAGAAGAAAUUAACAAUGAAAUAUUUCGAGAUAUCGAGCCAGUCACGUGGAUCAAUGAUGAUCCGAACUAUGAUUUGGAUGAGAUCAACAUGUUCUUCCAUAGGGUGGAUUCAGAUCAGAUUAUAUACGAAGAAAAAAAGAAAAAAUGUAAAUUUAUCGGUAAAUAUGUUAUGGGUGAUGUUCUUGGUGAAGGUAGUUACGGAAAGGUGAAAGAAGUGUUGGACUCAGAGACACUUUGUCGAAGAGCCGUGAAAAUCUUGAAAAGGAAGAAACUUCGUAGAAUCCCAAAUGGAGAGCUUAACGUUCAACGGGAGAUAAGACUAUUAAGGAUAUUAAAACAUAAGAAUGUAAUUAACCUUGUAGAUGUUUUAUAUAAUGAUGAAAAGGAGAAGAUGUACCUAGUUAUGGAAUUUUGUGUAUGUGGAUUACAGGAUAUGUUGGGAAGCACACCUCUUAAGAAGCUUCCAAUUUGGCAAGCACAUGACUAUUUCUGUCAGUUACUGGAUGGUUUAGAAUACCUCUACAGCAAAGGGAUAGUACAUAAAGAUAUAAAACCAGGGAAUUUAUUAUUAGCAUUAGAUGGCACAUUGAAGAUUAGUGAUUUUGGAGUUGCAGAGGCAUUAGAUAUGUUUUCUGAAGAUGAUACAUGUAAAAUGGGACAAGGAUCACCAGCAUUUCAGCCUCCUGAAAUUGCAAAUGGCUGUGAAACAUUUUCUGGUUUUAAAGUAGAUAUAUGGAGCAGUGGAGUUACAUUGUACAAUAUAACUACAGGUCAAUAUCCUUUUCAAGGCGAUAAUAUUUAUAAAUUAUAUGAAAAUAUAGGAAAAGGCGAAUAUACUAUACCUGAAGAAGUAGAAGAGCCACUAAAAUCUCUUAUACAAGGAAUGCUGCAGAAAGACGCAGAUAAAAGAUUUACUUUGCAACAAGUUAAAAAACACCCAUGGACUAUAUGCAGGCAUCCUAAAACGCAAGAAGAAGUGCCUAUACCUCCUCUUAAAGGACAUAAAUGGCACAGCAUGACUGUACUACCGUACCUGAUGGAGUAUCAUUACGGAGGUGACGACAAUCCUACGUAUUAUACCGAACAUCAGCUAAAUGAAGAAAAACGGCUUCAAGAAAUGGACAAAAUUAGUGAAGACCAAAAAACUACUUGGAAUAGUCACAACAGCAAACCAAAUUCACAUCAAAGUAAACGACGAUGGCGCAAACCAAUUUCGUGUAUUAACGUUAAGAAAUUUCCGUCUUGUAAGCCAUCGUGAUUUGACUCAUUGCCAUGCUUAUCUUUUAUUAUAUAUUUUCCUGACUGUGUCAGAUACAAAGUUUCUCUGCAAUGGAGAUGACUGAAAAUUUAAUAAAUGCUGAACCGUGCUAGAAUAACGACCCAGCUACAGCUCGAAUUGAGUAUGAAAUUUGAACUAAUUCAAAAACAUUGAAAAUGUAAACAUUUGUGAUAUUAAUAUUAAAUAGUCAUAGUAGAUAAUUCAUUAUGAUCUAUUAAUUAUGAAGUUAAUGACUCAACAUCCAAAUAAAGUGAUUUUCUUUCAUGUGCCAUAAUGAAGUUACAAUUAUUAAGGAUAUCUGUUGUUAAACGUCUUUUUUGUACAAUUUCUUUCUUUUUUUUAUUAACUUAGGCGAUAAAAAGAUUUAAAGGGCGACACAGAAAAAAUUAUAAAAUUAUUUUUAGUAUCCUUUUCACAAUCAUCAUUUUGCUAUUGUUCUAUUACUCUCACAUUUUAUAAAUUAAAAAAAGCGUGUUACUCUGAAA